AUGGAUACUGGGUUUACAGUUGAUCUUUUAAAGGAAAUUCUGAUGGUAGCAUUCAGCUUGCAUUUAAAGACAAAGACUCAGCUGAGUUUAAUUGUUGACGAGGCUUCACAAAUUUUAUACCACUUUCUCUCACAUUGUAUGGAACAAGAAGAACAAAACAUGGAACGAUACGUACAAGUUAGGUCACCAUCCUUGCACCAAACACUUUCUUUUCCUGUUGACGACAACACUACCGUAGAAUCUCUCAAGAAAGCUAUUCAAUCUAAUCAUCCACAACAACCUGCACCUUUGAAUCAACGUAUUAUUUUUAGAGGAAAAGUGUUAUUGGAUGCUGAAAUACUUUCGAAUAUACUUGAAAAAUCAGACGAUAAUACGGUACCAACAUUCCAUCUCGUAGUUAAACCUUCCUUAUCUACUCCUAGAUCUUCUUCAGCACCGCCCACUACGCAAGAUACUUCCAAUGUACCACUUUCUUCAUCAGUACCACCUUCAACUACAGCAACAGAUACAAUGCCUUUUCCACCUCAACAUACUUUCGUACCUUCGUUAGGGCAAACUUCGCAAAAUUAUUUACCAACAUUACCAGCCCUCGUUCCUGGUGGAUACCAAGUCAUUGCUAUAAAUGGACAAUUUUAUCUUGCUCCUGUUCUUGUAGCAUCCUUACCUUCGACAAAUUCGACAAAUCCAACAUCAAUACCAUUUUCCAUGACAGGGUUAUCGACAUCUCAAGCACAGCAAGGAUAUAUGCCGCCACCUCCACCACCACCACCAACAUCAGUACCAACGCCAACUCAGGCAGCAGCAGCAACUGCAGCAGCAAGGAUGAUGGGUCGACCACGAGUGAUGCAACGUGGUGCAACAGUUUGGCUUGCUUUGAAAUUAGUCUUUGUCUUGUUUAUAACAUGUCAUGGUGCAAGUAUUGAACGAAUCAUCUUCUUCCAUUUUUUAGCCCUGGUGUUCUUCAUGUAUCAAACAGGUCGAUUCAGGUUGGUGAUACGUAGAGUGACCUUGGAGGAAUUACAAAAUCGUUUCCAACCUGCUAUUCCAGGUGGUGUAGCGGGCCUUCAGGAAAGAGAAGGAGGAGGAGAUCAACAACAAAAUGAACAUGACGAAAAUCAAAAUACAGUAUCCAAUUCAGAUCGACAACAAGGUCAAGGACAACAGGAACGGGUUCCGGUGAAUGAUCCAAGAACAACAACAAGGUUAUCGGUGUUGAAACGCGGAGCUUAUACGUUUGUGGCAUCUCUGUGGCCCAACUAUGGUCAUGAUCCUCGGUUGGCACAAGCUUUUCAAAAUGAACAAGAACAAAUGGAAGAAUUAUAA